AUGAAUGACUUUGCUCUUUUCCCCAAUCUACCUCUGGAGCUGCAAGACAAGGUUUGGGAGGCUGCCCUUCCCCCGCCCGCCCCGACCGCUUUCCAUGUUCAACUGGCCCGCCAUCCUAUGGGCCGCACCGAGGAUGGCUCCAUCGACCGCUACAAUGUCAAAGAUAGAGUUCUUCUCUACAGACUUCGCACCUCUGGAUCCCCUCAUCUCUCGGAUCGCGACUGCGUCAUGUCCACUCUCUUUGGCAUGCUUUUCGCCUGCCAUCGAUCCUAUCGUGUAGCAACACGCGCCCUCAAAUUCAUCAAACCCUCUCACCCAUUUCUUCUUCGAGGCGGUGAUUCAUCCUCCUACACCCUCAUACUUCGAGGUGGCGAUUCCCUGGGCGCAUACCACAUGGAAGUUGACGCCAUGCGGGAUCUCAUCAUUCUCAAUACUGGAUGGCAGUGGCCCUGCCGUCUGAUCAGUACUGCCGGCGUUUUUCGUCUUCAUGUGCCAACACCGCUGCGCUGUCUGGCUCUCGCCUGGCCUGGGCCUCACCAAGUCGGCCCGUCUGACGGCCGAAGUUCAUUCUACAAUUCCGAGGCUUUGAACGGCCUGCUAACCUUGUGGGGCUCCCGUACUCUCCGUGCUCUCUACGUUGUCGUGGAUCCGGCUCAUCUGCGGGAGGCGGAGAAACCGUGGCCCGCUUGGGGUAAUCGAUGGAGUGUGCCGAUGUACGCAGGCUCUGACACUAUACUAGAGGACUACUUGGCGUCUUUUGAGGUUGAUGCAAGUAGUCAGACACAAUACCUCUUCCAACGUGGAAACCGUCGGUACUUUGAAGUCUCGGCCGAGCAAGUGGCGCGGUCCGGUGGUCUCGGAGAGGUCGUCGAGCUUCUCGAAUCAGCUCGUAGGCGUCUCACCCCUACCGUCAGCCAGGGCAUUCAUCAAGAACAUCUCACCCAAGCACUAGAGAGCGAGACAGUGCCAUGCAGAUGUAGGAUCCUCUCUUGGCAGCAAUCGCCUUAG